AUGGCAUCAUCCAGCAAAGCCUCGCGGAUAGGGGAGGAGACGCGCAUCGACAAGGUCAGCGCCGAGCUCGUGACGCUGACGUACGGCACCAUUGUUGUUCAGCUGUGCAAGGAUUACGACAAUGACUACGCCGAGGUCAACAAGCAGCUGGACAAGAUGGGGUACAACAUCGGCCUGCGACUGAUUGAGGACUAUCUGGCCAAGUCGAACACUAUGAAACGAUGUACGAGCUUUCGGGAGACGGCCGACAUGAUUGCGAGGGUCGGCUUCAAAAUCUUCCUGAAUGUUACACCGCAAGUGACGAACUGGACGAGCGACAAUAACCAGUUCUCUCUGGUCUUGGAUGAGAACCCUUUCGCCGACUUUGUGGAGUUGCCGGAUGAUGGACGGGCACAGGACGAGCUGUGGUACUCUAAUAUUUUGUGUGGAGUGCUAAGGGGCGCACUGGAGAUGGUGCAAAUGCAAGUCGAGGUUCACUUUACGAGCGACGUGCUCCGCGGCGACGACACGACGGAGAUGAGGGUGUCGUUGGUGCGGUACAUUGACGAUGAGCUGCCGCCGGAUGAUGACUGA